CGGUCUCCAGAUAUAUAUAGUAGAGCUCAGUGUUCCCGGUCUUUUUGUUCCGGUAGUGUCGGUUUUCGUUCCCGGGGUAUUUCACUAUUUCUUAUUUUCGUUUCCAGCUCUGAAAAUGGCUGGAGAUGUUUUUUAACUUUCUUGUUUUUUGAGACGUUAUUUAAGUUUGAGAUGGCGCCAACGCCACCUGAAAACGACGUUGAGAACACUAGUAAAAAGACAGGGAAACGAGGGGGAGAAGAUGGAUGCGAGAACAUGGCCAACAGGCCUACCAACUUAUAUGGCAAUGCGCAUGAUGUUGGGUUUCGUGCUGGAAGCGUCCGAAGCGACCAUCACCAAGAAGGUUGUAACACUUGUUAUUUUGAGCUUAAAAAAAGGAAUAAUAGUAAAAAAGUAUUGUAAUAUUUUGAUACCAUCGUAUACAGUCAUCAAGUAAUUUUCUUGACUAAGUAUUUCCGUUUUCCUAUAAACAAAUUGUUCACACUCCCCCGACUUCGUGUUGUCAGUGGCUGAUGCAAUAUUUAGUGCGUAGCUAGAAAAUGAAGAAAUGUAUCAAUCAAGUUAAUUGUAACAUCAUUAGAAUCUAUAAAACAUUUUAUUUACUGUAUAAAUGGACAAAAAAGGCUAUCUCAUACAACUACUUGAUAUUUAUGUGAUUUUUACCUGAAUUUUUUUACAAUGAAGUCGAAGUGACUUGACAGUAAUGACAGG